AUACUUAAAAGCUGCCCUGUAUAAAAUUGUGUUUUUGCUUGGGGGGUUUUCAGCUAAAUAUUAUUACGUAUUCCACAGCUAUUUCUGAGUACAAUGAAUUAGCUCGGAGAAAAAAAAAGCAACUGGUCCAGUCUCGAAAGAAAGGUGCUCGUAAUAAGUCUUUGGAGUAUGAAGAUCAAGUUAUGAUACCAAUUGGUAGGAUGUACCACUGUUAUAAAAGAAAGAAAUGGGUUCUUGAUGGACAGUAUGUGACGCAAAGCCUGGUUUUUAGAAAGGACAUGAAUUACCGGAGAAUUUUAGAAACGUGUGUAUCAGUUGUCUUCCCUGAUGAUGAUCUAGAAUCCAGUGAAUGCGAAUAUUAUAUUGCCAAUGGUAGGGGUAUGAGUAUUCAUAGUGGCGAUUUUAUUCAAAUCAACAAUGAUGACGGUGAAGAAGAGUGCAUUCCGUGGACCCUGGAAGCAUACAUUCGAUUGUCGAGUAUUAGAUAUGCCUCUAAGGCUAGACUAUAUUGUGUCAAGAAGUUUAUUGAAGAUGUGGAGAACCAAAAAGUGUCUGUGGUGGCUCCCACACCAGAUGAAUCCAUGGCGUAUCUGGGCCACCAAGAAGUUUCUAGACCCACUCAGCGGGCAUGUGCGGAAAGAGAAGAACAGGAGCAGCAGAAAUCCCUUACAUUUCAGCCACUCUUUGCCUACUUUAAGCAAAGCAGAUAUGCUGAUAAGUUUUUAAUGGUCACAGACCUUUCACAGAUGGCUGCUCUGGGGCGUGAGUUAGGGUGCAGUGAGAAUGAUGAAGAUUUCUGUGAAAGUUACUGUCUUAUUCACCCUCAAAGUCCUUGCCACUAUGAUCUAUGGCUUGUUGGAAUAGAAGACAUGAACACUAGAAUGAAAGUGCUGGAUUUGGUAGAGGACUAUAACCUGGAAGAUGAAAAAGUUAUUUACAGGACCCCAAUUCUCAGCUUCGGAUCUGGACUGCAGCUGAGGUUUCUCAGGAUGAUUAUGUGGCUCUGUUGAUGUGUGUAGCAGUUGAUGGGUAUCACUCAUUGACAUCUUACCAGUGGCGUAAAGAUGGAGAGAAUAUCUUAAAUGAGAUCUACCCCUUAUUUUAUGCCACUACUAUUGGGAGUUAUGAUUGUUUUGUUAGUGCAAUGUCCCAAACAGCAAAGUGUUCUUUUGAAGUAAAAGGGAGCACCAAAUCAGAGUUUGCAGCGCAAGAAAUAAAAAGUGAUAUAAAGGAUUAUGUUGCUACUUCAGAUGCUCUUCUGUCCUACAGGAGCAUACUACCAGAUGACUGUCAAAGUAAGUUUGGUGAUAUCUUGUCACUAAGUACGGUAGUACUUAGUAUAUAGGGAUUGACAUGGUACCUAGCAUCAUAGAUGUAUGGGGCUAUGAUAGGGAGUUUUGUUCAUCAUCAUCAUCUUCUUCUUCUUCUUCUUCUUCAACCAGCAUAACCCAAAAACCGAAAGAGAUAAAGCCAUAAAAAUUUUGUAGGAAUGUACAUAUCGAUAACCACAUGUGCAACGUCAUACUUUUUUGUUUGUAAACAAUGUUGUUUACCGUAAACAACAACAAAAUUGCCCCAGGCAAUAGAUUAUAAUGGGCAAUACGUUAUAAUGGGCAUACUACAUGUGUCAGUGUAACUCACAAUUGGUAACAGCUAUGUGAACGAAACUUUGUAGACAUAAUGUAUUCAAUCACCAACAUAAAAAAUCACAACAACACAUGUUUGUAAACAACAACAAAUAGCCUCAGGCACUUUUCUUUAAAUUAACUUCUUCACUUCUCAAACUUUCCAAUGGUAGCACGCAUAGAGAUGAAACUUAGUACAUAUGCCUAUUAUAUCAUUUCCAUGACGAUUACAUGUUUCCAUGACGACCGCAUAUUGUUAGAAAAGGCCUCAGGCAAUUUUCUUUAAAACCACUUCUUCAC